AUGGAGGAAGAGGAGAAAAAGAAGACAAAGGCCCCCAUCGAGCGUCUCCCACCAGAACUCCUUCUCAACAUCGGCGAGUGGUUCGAUGAUCGGCGAAGCCUCAACACACUUGUCCGCACAUCACUCGUUUUCUAUACAGCACUCAAUGCCCAUCUGUACAAGCUUAAUAUCAGAAAUGACCCUCCAAGUGCGUCUUGUCUUUUCUGGGCUGCACAGGUUGGCCGGCUCGGCACCUUCAGGGUGGCCCAUCGGUUCGGGGCCGACUUGAACGUCAAGCGGGAAACGAAAAGGGAGCCUCCAUCACCACUACACACGGCUAUUAAGAACCUGCAUCCAGAGAUAGUAGAAUACAUCCUUCAAAAUGGAGGUCAUGUGCACUCACCGCCUUGGAUUGGGAAGGCAAAGCGUUAUCCGCUAGGCAUAGCCUUGACCGCCCGUAAUCUCAGGCAUGAUGCUAGCUGCGUCAGGAAGAACCAAAUAAUAUUGGACAUGCUCAUCCGUCAUGGUGCUAACAUGGUGGACGACGGUGAGCCUGCUCUUCCCCAUGCGGCCGCCAUGAACAAAAAUCGCGUUGUUCAUCUGCUUCUCCAACAACCCACGGUAAGUGUCAAUCAAACAACGUCAAGGGGCUGGUCGGCAUUGCACAUGGUAUGCCAGCAUGGGCAUACUGAGUUGUUGCACUAUCUUCUGAAUCAACCCGGAAUUAACAUCCACGCGCAAUCAACGGAUGCUCUAGGCUUUGCCGUCGUAAAUGGGCACGUCGACGCUGUUCGUCUACUGGUCAUGUGGCAUGGCCUGACUCCUGACGCAGCAUUCGAGCUGAGGAAGACGGCAUUUUUACGGGCACUUGAAACGGGCCAGGCGAGCAUUUGCGAGUUCCUAAUCACGCUUCCUGGGAUCAACGGGGCCCUGUCACUACCACGGAAUUGCACAGCCUUGCACUGGGCAGCACGAUCAGAGAAUGUUGACUGCGUCCCCGUCCUGCUUGACAAGUCAAGUUUCCAUCUCGGUGCUGUGGACGAUGAUGGCCACACAGCGCUACACUGUCUUGCCAUGACUUUGAACUCGAAAGGCCGAACGACGCGUGCAGAGGUGGUCAGGAUGCUCGUGGACCGAGGGGCUGAAGUUAACCCAGUCAGCCUCAUGGGAUACACCCCUCUCCAUUUUGCCAUUGCGAGAAAUAAUUUUGAUGUUGCUACACAAUUAUUACACCAAGAAGCCGAUCCCACCAUAGGUGCUGAAUCUGACACGGGCGACUACAUAUGGACAUUACUCCAUGAAAGUCUACUGGGGAACUCGUGGGUCCCCUGGAACUACGAACCUAGAAUAAGAAUGCUUCAGGCACUAAUUCAGCAUGAUUACGCAAACCUCAACAAGGAAUCACGGGUGACUAGUGCAGAGAUGCGACGAACCAAGGAUGCGCCCUUUGACGGUACGCCAUUACUGUUCGCCGUCUUGUACGAUAGCGAGCCUGGAACAAUAAAAAUGCUCAUCAAGGCGGGCGCCAGGGUAGAUUCGGUCGCGAUGAAACGGGAGACAGCGGCUCCAAAUAGUUUCCAUUCCCAUUCCAUUCUACAAGCUCUCCUGAGCUCGCAUCUGCGACCCAACUACCCGGUCAGCUACAAAGACACCAAUGUGUCGGUGAGUGUAGAGGACGUCAGACAUAUCAAGACGCGAUUAGAAAUAUUGCUGUCAAACGGUGCAAGAAUCGACAACGAGCACGGCCCACAGUCGGUGCUUGAAUAUGCUUGUGAGGUUCAGUUGGCGGGAUAUCCAGCACUACUGGGGGCCUUGUUUGAGAUGGCACACCCGGUCAACGUUUCGUCGGGCCAUGUCCAGAGUUUAAUACACUCGUAUUCAGGCGUGGCGGCUGAGGAAUAUCCACCGAAAUUCGACUUGGCUGCAGCAUUACAGAAAUGGAUGGACGUGUGGUUGAUACCAGAAGGAAGGAGGAUGCAGUUGCUGUAG